CCCAACAGCCUCCUGUUAAGGUGACAUGUAGGGCUUGCCUUCUGAAACUCUGCCAGGAUUUCCCUUUGGAUUUUUAAAAUUUGUAUCAAACACCAUAAGACAUAAAGGAAUAAUAAUUCUGGUUUAGCAUGUGGCCUUGUGUAGAACCGACCAAAGGGAACUAACUCAUUUGUCAUAAAUACUGAGGCCUUGACAUAAGCCAGGUGCAAUUUAUAUUUUUAAACCUCUUUUGGAUUUGGAACUCUCACCAAAGACUCAGAGAUUCUGGGGAUUAUACUUAUUUAGCUAUUUUUUGUGUUCAAAAAUAUAACAAAUUCAAGCCAAAAUGGAUGACCCUUACCACAAUAACAUCAAUCAGCAAGGAGAAACGUAUCCCACAUACGGAGAAGGAGGAGAGUACACUUACCCCUAUCAGACAGACUUCCCUCCUCAGGAGGAGGAAGAUGCUGCUAGUGAUGUCACCGAGGGGCAUGAUGAAGAUGAUCAGAUGUACGAGGGCGAGUACCAGGGCAUCCCUCAUCCGGACGAGAUCAAGGAGGCGCGGAGAGCCGCCCGAAGGGAGGCCCGCAUGAAGGCCAGGAUGGCAGCUGAGGUGGAGGAGGAAACGUUGCCUGAACAAUACGAGUCCAUUAUGGAAGACUGCGGUCACGGCCGCUUCCAGUGGACCCUCUUCACGGUGCUGGGUCUGGCCCUGAUGGCUGAUGGGGUGGAGUGCUUCGUAGUGAGUUUCGCCCUGCCCAGUGCUGAGAAGGACAUGUGCCUGUCGAAUGCUGACAAGGGCAUGCUUGGAUUAAUAGUGUACGUGGGGAUGAUGAUCGGCGCUGUCCUGUGGGGCGGUCUGGCUGAUAAACUGGGCAGACGACAAUGUUUACUCUACGCACUGGCCAUCAACUGCAUCUUCUCCUUCCUGUCUUGUUUCGCACAGGGUUACGGCUUCUUCAUCUUCUUCAGACUCUGCUCAGGAAUCGGGAUUGGUGGCUCAAUCCCUGUUGUGUACACAUACUUCGCUGAGUUCCUGCAGAUGGAUAAGAGAGGAGAACAUCUAAGCUGGCUGUGCUUGUUCUGGAUGCUCGGAGGACUGUACGCUUCCUUCACCGCAUGGGGAAUCAUCCCACAUUAUGGCUGGGGUUUCAGUAUGGGAACAGAAUUCCAGUUCCACAGUUGGAGAGUGUUUGUGCUGGUUUGUUUCCUUCCCUCUGUGGCUGCUCUCGCUGGGCUGGUAUUCAUGCCAGAAAGUCCCCGUUUUCUCCUGGAGACUGCAAGACACGACGAAGCCUGGAUGAUCCUGAGGCAGGUUCACGACACCAACUGGAGGGCGAAGGGAGAACCAGAGAGAGUGUUUCAAGUUUCGCAGAUCAAAAUGCCUCAAACACAGGAUGACGAGUUCAUAGAGAUUCAGAGUGAAACUGGCACUGCCUUCCAGAGAUUCAUGGUCAGACACAUGACCCUAGUUAAACAGGUCAUGAAGAACCUGAUGUCACUCGCCGCACCUGAUCUCAGACUCAAUGGUUUGUUCAUUGCCAUCGUGUGGUUUACAAUGGCCUUCAGCUAUUAUGGCCUGGGUGCGUGGUUUCCUGACCAGAUCAAGUACCUCCAAUUUGAGGAGUAUGAGUCCAACGUCAAGAUCUUUCAUCGUGAGAAAGUGGAACGCUUUCAUUUCAACUUCACUCUGCAAAAUCAGGUCCACAAGGAGGGGGAGUAUAUUCAUGACAGGUUUAUCAGCAUAGAAAUAAGAAACGUGAAGUUUGAAGAAUCACUCUUUGAGAACUGUUAUUUUGAGGACGUCAGAUCAACAGACACCUUCUUUGAGAACUGCACCCUUAAAAACACAGUCUUCUACAAUACUGACCUGUGGGAAGAUUCCAAGUUCAUUAACUGUAAGCUGCACAAUACAACAUUUCUGCACCCCAAAAAAGGCUGCCAUCUAAAUUUCCAAGAGGAAAAUGACAUCGUGAUCUAUCUAGUCAGCUUCCUGGGUAGUUUGUCUGUAUUACCUGGCAACAUCAUAGCAGGUCUAUUAAUGGACAAAAUAGGACGGCUUAAAAUUAUAGGGGGCUCCAUGUUAGGCUCCGCUCUCUGCACGUUCUUCCUGCUCCUGUGCUUCAGUCAGUGGGCCGUCGUCCUGUUCCAGUGCCUGUUCUUCGCAGCCGGUGCGGCAGCUUGGAACGGCAUUGAGGUCAUCACAGUGGAGCUCUAUCCAGCCUCAAAAAGAGCCACAGCUUUCGGUGUGCUGAAUGGCACAUGUAAACUGGCAGCUAUCAUUAGCACUUUCAUCUUCGGCAAGUUUAUCGGCAUCACCAAGAUCAUCCCCAUCAUUCUGUCUUUCUCGGCGCUAGUGUGCGGAGGACUGCUAGCGUUUAAGUUACCCGAGACACGAGAGGUGAUUCUUCAGUGAAAAAGCCAAACUCCUCAAGGCCUCAGCGCUUGGUCCAGCUGGACACUGGAUGACCGCAUGCUGGACUGCUGAACACUGACAGCAAAAGGGCUGAAUCAUGUAAAGCUGAUAUGGUGUCAUGUUAGAACCAAUGUACUGUGGUAUUACUGUACUUUCAUAGUAUUACUUCUCUUAAACUAAAGUUGUAGAGCAUAUGUUUGUUUAAAGUGUUCACACUGGCUAUAUUUUGAGUAUAUUUUGAGAAAUCCAAAAUUGUGGACAAAUGGGGAAAUAUGUUUUCUGCGAUUACACAAAAUGAUUUAGAGCCAAGUACUGAUAUCAAAUUUCCAUUUUAUAUUGGAAGAAAUAAUGAAUUUGACAAUUAGUUCAAUGAGAUCGCUAUAUUUUAUGGUUAUUUAAUAUGUAAAAAUUGAGUUCUUUUUGCAUUUUUGGUGCAGAAAUCUUUACCAGCGUUUGGUCAUCAGCUAGUUUUUGUUGUGUUGUAUUUGUUAAUACCGUGGUAUAUAUUUAUUUCAUAUUAGAUAAUUAUGUUUUCACUGUGUUUUAACUCUGAUUCCCAUCUUUUCAACUAUUGUUUGUCAUGCCUUUUCAUUAGAAAAUGACCAUACUACAUAAAAAUGACAAUGUUUGUAUGAAGAUAGACAUUUUUUGAAUUUGACUUAUGUGAAGUGUGUAUAAUGCUCAUUUCCUCUGAGAAAAUGUGUAGAUUAUGUGAUUUUGUUUUUAUUUUUCUUAUUUCUUUUAACAUAUGUGAAUAAGAAUUAUGAAAGGAACAGCUCAUAACAAAAGAAAGGUCACAGAAAAGGUUAUUCAAAUUUAUUUUAUUUUAAUGGGUCAACAUUGAUUACAUACGAAAGGGCCUCAAAAGGGCCUCCAUUGCAAGUCUUAAAAGCUUUAUGUCAAAUCUAAAAUAUAUUCUUUUUAUAUUUUAUGUUCAAAAAUUGAAAUAUCAAAAAAAAUCUAAUUAAUCUAAUGUUUUUGUUUGUUCUGGU